AUGUCAUAUUUUGGUGGAGGAUCGCAACAAUCGCAAACUAUUAACCCUCAAAACAUUGCUUUAGCCGAGCAAGAACUUGAAAUGGUGACAGAUUUGUUCAAUCGUAUUGUGGACUCUUGCCACGAAAAGUGCAUUAAAUUAGAUAAUGGACAAGGUGAUUUGAGCCAACAAGAUGCAUUAUGUAUUGAUAAUUGUGUGGCCAAAUUCUUUGAGACGAACAGUAAAGUUGGGGAGAAGAUGCAAAAAAUGAGUCAACAAUAA